GAAGGCAGCACGUGACCGUUCCUAAAAUUCAACCGUCGACCUUUUACGGUUUCCUCGGUGUUUGGGCGGUUUGGCCGCGGCAGGUAGUUCGCUCUCUGGGUUACUCUGUGGGGUUUCCAGAGGCAAACAGAGGAAAACAGCAACAAAGACAAAGAUGGAUCCUGUCCGGAGCUUCACCGGGACCAGUUUGAGGCUGGAGGAGGAGAGAUGGCGGGAGUUUGUAUCGGACGAGGGGAACCAGGUGAUCUUCAACCGUUUCUUUACCGCUCGCGAUACCUGUCACCUGUUCGUCUAUCAGGACCCGGACCUCGGUCUGUCCCUCAGCACCGCCUUCCCCCAGAAUAUCCAAAGUAAAAUCAUCUGCGUGUCUAAAACGGGCCUAGAAGCCGCGACUGCAGAAAACUCCGGACCGGUUUUAAUCUUUCAAGAAACCGACGAUGUCCUGAACUUUCUAAUCUGCGUCACUGAGAAGGUGACCUGCCCGUUGCUUAGUAACCUGGAGAGCAGCAGCAGGUGGGUGGCAGGUGUGGCUGACGAGACUCUGAGGUUCAUGGAGCGGCAGAAGAAUGAGGCGCUGGUGAUGAAGGCUCAGAUAGAAGGAUGCACCUUCUUACCUUAUCCCGACGGUCUGCACAGCGACGCUGUGGGAGGAACAAGAAUCUACGAAGAAACAGAAAACAUGGCUCAGUGGCACAAGUUAGCAGGGAACGUGUCAGACAUGAAGCUGCUCCACGCCUGUGAUUGGACCAUAAUAGAGUGGGCGGAGCUUGUGUCAGAAUUCCUGCGGCGGGACUCGUCUCAGGCUGUUCUGGAUGGAGCAAAGCCACUUCCUUCAGAGGAGUUCCAUUUCUGGAAGAACCGACUGAAGAACCUGCUCUUCAUCCAGCAGCAGCUGAUGAGCAGCAGAGCUCAGCAGGUGGCGUCCAUCGCUCAGAAGGCAGAGAGUGUCUACUGGUCCACACUGAGAGACAUCUACAGAGACGUCCAGGAAGGUGUGAAGGAGGCGGAGGAUGUGACCCUGAAUCUGAGUCCUCUGGAGAAAAAGCUGGAGGAGGUGGAACAGAUGGAGUACCAGCAGCUGCGGGACAACAUGGCGUCUGUCAUGGAGGAGGUGCGUCUGUUGUGGAUCAGGUCUGAGUUCUACUGUAAAUCCUUCAGGAUGGUGGUUCUGCUGCAGAAGAUCUGCAACCUGUUCAUACACCUGAGCAGGAUGUACCUGCGGGGGCAGGAAGUGAUGCGUGGCCUGUUGUCAGACCCUGGUCUGGUGCUGGAUGACGUCAGGCUGGUGGUCUGGACUCUGCAGGCCUUCAAACAGGCGUACAGUCGGAUCAGGACUCAGCUGGAGGACCGGAGCCAGGACACCGUCUCUCAGAGAUGGGACUUUCCUUCACACCUGGUCUUCUUCCAUCUGGACAGCUUCCUUCAGCGUCUGCAGGGCAUCCAGGAGGUGUUCUCCGUCAGCCUGCAGCUGUAUCAGUUGGAUCGGGUGGUUCUGUCCGGUGUCAGAGGCAGGAUGUGGACCGACGUGGUUCAGGACGUGUAUCAGGACUUCUUGUGUCACGUGACGGUCCUGUCUGACUGUAACUGUGACCCGACUGACCCCGAUGACCAGAGCUUUGAGCUGCACCUGGAUCAGUUCCAGGUUCCGGUGUCAGACCUGGAGAGGCGUCUAGUGUCGGUCCUAAGCAGAGCCUUGGGGAACUGCAGCGUCUCGUCCUCCGCAGCAAAGCUGGUCAGCAUGUUCGGGUUUGUCCUGGACCGGCCUCUCAUCCGGGAUCAGUUGCAUCCUCAUCUGAUCCGGCUGGUGGAGAUGGUCUUGACAGAGCUGGAUCAGACUGAGCAGGUGUUCUGGAGUCAGAGAGAGAAAUCCAAAACAUUGGGCAUGUUCAGUCCGACUGCUGCAGCCGGACUCUGCUGGACUCAGCAGCUCCGACUGAGAGCUGAACACUCUCUAAGGAGCUACAGGACUUUCCAGCACCUGUGUGUGGACUCAGGCGAGUCCCAGCUGGUCCAGCAGAAGUUCCAGCAUAUUGUGGACCUCCUGCAGGACUUCAGAGACAGAGUGAAAUCAGACUGGAGCUCUCGUCUGGACUCGGACUGUGGUUAUAUCCUGGAACAACCUCUGAUCCAGAUCAACCAGCGAGGCAUACUGGGAGUCAACAGCAGCCACAAGCUGGAGGCGGUGCUGAGGGAGCUCAGGUAUGUGAGCAGGGAGAGAGGUACGGAGCUCCGCCCCCAUGCCGCCCGACUCUUCGCUCGCAGAGAUUACAUCACUCAAAUCUACCUGAACCUGAGUCAGAUGGUGUCCUGCUACAACAAGGUGCUGAGUCACAUCCUGCAGGUGGAGCUUCCUCUGAUCCAGGACCAGCUGCAGGACCUGAACCAGACGGUGUCAGCAUUGCAGAGGAAAACCUGGGGUUCUGAAGAUGUGCAGCAGCUUGUGCAGCAGCAGACAGACAAAGUGUUGGUGUUGUACUCGUCAGUGAGUGAGGCCAGAGCCAAUAUGGACGCCAUGACACUCAUCAUCCAGGGCUGGGCGGAGCUUUGCCUGCUGCAGCGCUCAGGUGACUCACUGCUGGAGGGUGGAGCUACAGAACACAUCCAUGGACGCAUCCGAGAGGAGGGACAGGAGCUGCUCAGGUUAACACAGGUGAACAGGACUCUGUACAGAGUCCCUGAUUCUUCUGCGUCCUGGAUCAGGUAUCUGGACCACAUCGAGGACAAAGUCCAGGACGGGGUGUUCAAGCUGCUGCGCAGAUCACUGCACUUCCUGUGUGACAGCAUGAACCCACAGAGCUGCAGUGGUGCGUUGUUGGCGGUCUCUCUGCAGCUGAAGGAAACAGGAAGUGUGUUUGAACCGUCAGUGGGCGACGACCUCUUGAUGAAGAUCAUCAGUGACAUUCACACAGCAGCCAGUCUGCAGCCCAGGAUCUCUAUGGGUCGUCACGGCAACUACCAGCACAGUCCAGAGCUCUCUGAACUGGAACGAGAAGUGAUGCAGCGUCUGCUACAGGUGAGGGAGGAGGCGGAGCGUCUGAGGGCUGGGUUGGACAGGUACUCACACCUGUGGCAGAGUGACAGACAGGAGGUGUUCCAGGAGUUCCUCACCUACAGCAGACAGUUGGGACCUGAGGAGCUAGAAGCUGACAAGACCCCACCCACCCUGAAGGACUUCCGGAGAGAGAUCGAUUCGCUCUACAGACUGAGCAGAGAGGUGGCUCACCUGGAUGAGGUCAUCGUGCUGCACGGCUGGCUGCAAGUCGACCUGCGACCCUUCAGAGACUCGCUGCUGUCACUCAUCCAUGACUGGAAAAGCAUGUACACAGAGUUCCUGCUGGACUCAGUCAGUGACAGUCUGCAGAAGGUGUGUCAGCGCGGUGAUGCUGCUGACGAAGAGUCUUCACCUUCCUCCAGCUUCCCUCUGACUGAAACCAUCAUCCUGCUGGAAGCUGCAGGUGUCGAGCUCCCUGAACACCUGUCAGCACAGUUACAGUGCUGAUGAAUGAAGAGGAAGCUGUCACUGAGAGACAAGGCUGAAGACGGCACCCGGACAGUCCUGAUUAUUUGUCUCACUGGUUUGUCUUGUUAGCUCUGAUGUGUAACUGACGCGUCAGUCCCCGCCCUCCCACAGAGCUUUACUGGUUAAAAAAUAAAUCACCUGGUCUU